AUGGUAGCUGGUGCAGCAGAUGCUGGGGAGCUGGAGCGGCAGGAACUCGCGGCGUAUGCUGCUUUCGACAAGAUAGACGAGGAUGGCAAUGGCUACAUCAUGGUCGACGAGCUCCACGGCCUGGUGGAGUCGUUAGGCCUGCCAAUUGCGCCCGAGGAGCAAGACGAAGCCCUGGAGGCGCUGGACGGCGACGGCGAUGGGGUUCUCGAUCGGGAAGAAUGGAAGAAGUGGUGGGUGCAGCGAUGGCAGGCAAGCGCGGCUGUCGGAGGACUAACGGGUGCGGAGGAGGAAAGCGGGAUGUCCACCUGCGAAAACGACGAAAGCAACAACGAAGCAAGCGGUGGUGGCAGUAGCGGUAACGCCGAAAAGGUUAGCAGGCUCUCAGAACGCGCGAGGCAGGCGCGCCGGCGAGCCGGCACGGACAUCCACACUGCGGCAUGGAGGGGAGACCUUGCUCUCGUCCAGGAGUUCCUGGAGGAUGACCCUCGCCUGGCCAACGCCGCCGACGUCACGGAGUUCGGCACGGGAUACCGUCCGCUGCACUACGCCGCUUACGGCGGGUUUCUCGGCGUUUGCGAGGCGUUGCACGCCGCGGGGGCGCGGCCUCUGGCCGCCGGCGACAACGGAGUGACCGCCCUGUUCCUCGCCGCUCAGGCGGGCAAGGGCGACGUCGUGCGGUUCUUGCUUGGCCUGGGUGCGGACCCGACCGCACGGGAGCGGGAGAGCGGACUCUGCGCCAUGGACGUGGCGAGCGAGUCUGACCCCGACGUCUUCCGGCAGAUGCAGGAGAAGGGCGGCUUCGAGGUGCCCCCGGCACCCGAGGUCCCGCCGACGGUGACCCGGGUAGAGUCAGCGUCGCUGCAGGCGGUACAGAGAGCGCCACAACCAACCGCGAGCGCUCGAGAUCGCCCCCUCUUCCUGCUCCUGCAUACCUUCUUCCCAUCGUCGACCAAUCGAUCCAAGGUGGCAUACCUACCGUUCCCCGAGGCUAGCGGCCAGCUCCCGGUAACUCACUACAAGGUCAAGGUCGAGCACCCCGCCGAUAGCUCGAACCAGGCGGCCCAAGCGCCAGACAUCACCGAGGCUGCUAACACCUACAACGUACACAACACCACUAGCACCAGCAACAUCCCGCUCAACGUAGACGGGACCGAGGGGGCAGGAAACGCGCGCGCGUCCCCCGCAGCCGACCCAGACGCCGGCGGGGACGACAGCAGCUUCGCGAACCCGACGCUGUCGAAGGUGGUGCUGGUCCCCUCGGUGGGAGAUACAAACUCUGCGAGCGAGGGGGGGCGGCAGAAACGAACGCUCGUGACGGUCAGAGGCUUGAGGCCGGCAACGCGCUACAGGGUGAAGGUUGCAGCGAUUAACGCCCUGGGAUUCGGACCGUACGGCCCACCUUCAGAGGCGGUUGUGUUGCCGGAGGAGACAGAAGGGGAGGGGGAAGGUGAAGGCAACACCACGACCAGAGAGAAUGGGUCUUCGGUAGGAGCGGAAAGGGCCAAGAAGGGCAAGGGGAGGCAGGUGCUCGCGAGGGAAAAGCGGCGGAGCAUGGCGGCGCAGGCCGCGCGUCUUGAGAAGCAGCAGCUGCUGGAGGCGAAGGAGAGACAACAGCGCCGACGAGCACAAAUUCAAGGGCAGCAGCACGGGAGUACUACCGCCGAGGUCUCCGGCCGGCAACAGCUUGCUGCCACGGCGGGAGGCGACUACUGCGGUCGUCACAACGGCGGCAUAGACGCCGGGGGCGAUGGCCGCAAACGCCUCCUCACGGGAAGCUCGGAUACCUCCCACCAUCACCGCUCCCGCUCCCAGCCAAAGCACGGCGGAGCGGGACUCGCCGCGCGAGCGGGGAAAACGACGCCGGCACCGGCGCAACGAGCGGCGGAACCACCACCACCAACGGCGACAGCAAGAGCAGCGGCGGUGCCGGCUGCCAAAGCCGACCGCCGAGGAGCGGCGGACGGCGGGCGUCGCCGGCAAGCUGACGAGAGGUCCCGAAGAGGACGGGCGGCAAGACCCGUCGCAACAACGACAACCACAACAACCGGAGCUGCUGCUGCUGCCGAGCAACGGGAUCGAGACGACGGUAGCGACGGGCCCCCGGGACGCAGAAGGCUGAUCGCCACGGCGCCCCCCCUUACGGCGGAUACGACCGAGCCCCCCCGGUACCUGGCGGCGACCUCGGCCGGCAGGAUGUCCGCCCGGGCCUACCGCCAGCGGACCGACGGCGGCGGCGGCGGCGGCGACGGUACCGUCGAGGAGUGGCGUCGGGAGCGUAUCGCCGGCAGCAACGCCAGAGAGAAUCGGCCGUUGCGAGGAUCGGCGUCCCCUCGUGUCGACGACAAGAAGGGGUCCGGUGGGUCAAGUUCGAAGAGGUUCGGCGGCGGCGCCGGCAGCGGCGCCGGUGAGGGGGCGAGAGCGGGGCNGCGGGUGCUGCGAGGAAACCAUCGAGGCCACCGUGCGCAAACGGAGACUGUGUUUCGCGGGCUUUGUUAUGCGCAUGGAGGACAAACCCUCCCCAAGCGCAUACUGUUAGGAGCGAUGGCGGGGGGCGUGGGAUACCGGGGCGGGCAGGAGAGCGACUGGGUGUCUCGUCUAGGAGAGGACCUCGUGGCCUUCAACAUGGGAGACGAGAAGGAAGGGGGGGAAUGGAAAGAGAGCGCCAAGGACUCGGAGGUGUGGUACAACAAGGUCGAGGACGGGGCGGCAUGGCUCAUGAGGAAAUGGCACAGGCAGGAGGCGGAAGCGUCCGCGAAGCGCCAGCGCGCGAGGGAAGCAGAAGCAGAGAGUACGGCCAUCGCAGGACCGAAGAGAAAGAGAGUCGGGGAAGCGGCGGUGGGGGGGAAGAAACGGCGACCGGGCACUGCUGUAGAAGCGAAUAGGGCGGCCGAGGCAGCACUUGUGGCGAACUAUUUAUCCGGCUGA